AACAAGAAGUCCACGAAAUUGGUGAUAAAAAAUUGAAAUUUUUCCGAUUUUCACUUUUUUUCUUGGUCAAAUGAAGUAAUUUAUUUCGUUGUUUCGCUUUUCUUAUUUUUUAUAUAAAUUUUUAGUCAUUUUUAUCAUAUGUUAGUGACUCCAAAGUUGCAUAGUUCCUUAUUUAUACUUCAUGAUUCCUGCCAUCCAUCAUCAUUUUCGAGUCGUAACAGUUCACCUCAUUAGCAGCUUCUAACAUCAUUUCGUUUAUUAUAAAGUGAGUAAAAAUGCCACCCAAGAAAGGUAAAUCCAAGAAGAAAGAUUUCGAGAGUUCUGACGAUGAGACAAAGCCCACGAAAUCGAAGAGAAACGCGAACGAUGACAAUCUCGGUGAUAACAGCGAUGCUGAAGCUGGACCUACUAAAUCUAAACCUCAAAAAGCAUCAAAAAAGAAAAAGGAUAAGAAAAAAGAUGAUUGGUCAGAUGACUCUGAUGAAGAAAAAUUACCUCAGUCCAGCGAAACUUCCUCGAAUGUAGAAAAAUCAGCACCCAAACAAACGCAGAAGAAAAAAGCUAAAGGUAAAAAGAAAGAUGAAUGGGGUGAUAGUGACGAGGAACCGAAAACAAAUAAAUUCUUGAUCCCUGAUGUAGAAGAAGAUGAAAGCAUUCCAGUUGUUUCAGCACCAGCAAAGAAAAAAGAUAAGAAAAAGAAAGGCAAGAAAGAUCAGGAUCUUGAUGAUGAUUUGAUCGAAGAUGAAGAUGUCGAGAAUAUCGAAAAAGUUGAAACGAAGAAACAGAAAAAGAAAUCGAGAAAAACAGCUGAUGAUGAUGAUGAUGAAGAAAAUGAAGCAUUGUUAAAUGAAAUCGAAGCCGAAAAUAAUAAAGCUACUCAUUUUGUCGAAAGUAAAAUUGUCAACGAUGUUGAUAUCGAUGAACAGCUACAAGAUGAUGAUAAAGUGAUUGAACCUCCUCAGCCAACAAAUAAAGGUAAAAAAGGUAAAAAGUCUAAAAAGAAGAUCGAAGACGAUGAAGAUUACGAAAAUGAAUUGAAUGAGCUUCGUAAAGAAAUGGCCAACAAUGAUGAUUUAUUCGUUAAAAGCAGUGAACCUGAAAUUGAACCACCUGUAGCAACUGAAGAUGAUACUAGUAAAGCUAAGAAACAAGGUAAAAAAUCUAAGAAGAAAGUCGAAAAUGAUGAAGAAAAAGUUGAAAUCGAUGAUGUAUCCAUCAAAAGUAGCGAACCUGAAGCUAAACCUUUGGAAACAACCGAUACAAAUCAAGAAAAAAUUAGCGAAACCGAGAAACCCUCCCAGAGCGUUGAAGUAAAAUCGCCCAGUUCUGAUGUUAUCGAUGACGUUGUUAGUGAUUUAAAAGAAUUAAAAAUUGAAGAAAAACUUGAAAAAGAAGAAAUACCUGUUGAAAAACCAGUUGUUUCAAAGCAAUCGAGUAAGACUAAAGAGAAAAAAUCGUCUUCUAAAAAGAAAGUCAAAGAGGAAAAAGUAAAAAGCACCCCUGUGAUUACUGACUUGGAGGAUAAAGAUGUUGAUGAAGAGCCUAUUAUGGAUGAAACACUCGAUCAAUUUUCAGAAGAAACUGCGUCAAAAGAAACUAAAACAGCGGAGUCGGUCAAGUUAGAUAAAUCUGAAAUGAAAAAGUUAUCCCAUAAAGAAAAGAAAAAAUUGAAGAAAGAGAUGGAAUAUCAAAAACAAAUGGAAACGUUGACUAAAAAGGGUGGACAAGGACAUAGUGAUUUAGGAGAAAAUUUUACCGUAUCCCAGAUGCAAAAAACCGCCGGUCAGAUCGCAGCUCUCGAAUUCGCUGUUGAUAUCAAAGUAGAAAAUUUCAGUAUAUCUGCGAAAGGAAACGAUCUAUUUGUGAAUGCCAAUCUAUUGAUCGCUCAAGGAAGAAGAUACGGUCUUGUCGGACCUAAUGGUCAUGGAAAAACCACUCUAUUGAGGCAUAUCGCGUCGAGAUUAUUUCCGAUUCCUCCAAACAUAGAUAUAUUGUACUGCGAACAAGAGGUCGUUGCCGAUGAUAAUACCGCUGUUGAUUCAGUUUUGAAGGCAGAUCUUAAACGUACGCAAUUAUUAGACGAAUGCAAAAAAUUAGAAGCUGCCCAAGAAGGUGGAGAUGUUUCCGUUCAAGAUCGUUUAAAAGAAGUUUACGAUGAAUUGAAAGCGAUUGGUGCUGAUUCAGCGGAACCACGAGCCAGGCGAAUCCUCGCUGGUUUAGGUUUUUCAAAAUCGAUGCAAGACAGAGCAACUAAAAAUUUCUCGGGUGGUUGGAGAAUGAGAGUGUCACUAGCUAGAGCGCUGUUUGUAGAGCCUACGUUAUUAUUGCUCGAUGAACCUACGAAUCAUUUAGAUUUAAACGCCGUCAUUUGGUUGGAUAAUUAUUUACAAGGCUGGAAGAAAACCUUAUUGGUGGUAUCUCACGACCAGAGCUUUUUGGAUAACGUUUGUAACGAAAUCAUUCAUUUAGAUCAGAAGAAAUUGUUUUACUAUAAAGGAAAUUAUAGCAUGUUCAAAAAAAUGUACGCACAAAAAAGGAAAGAAAUGUUGAAAGAAUACGAAAAGCAAGAAAAGAGGAUAAAAGAUUUAAAACAACAUGGCCAAUCGAAAAAACAAGCCGAGAAAAAACAAAAAGAAGUUCUGACUAGAAAGCAAGAGAAAAACAAGGGUAGUAAAGUUCAAAAGGCUGAAGACGAAGAAGGCCCGAUGGAGUUACUUCAAAGACCGAAAGAAUACAUUGUCAAAUUCUCGUUCCCAGAUCCUCCUCCUUUACAACCUCCUAUUUUAGGUCUCCAUAAUGUAACAUUCGCGUACCCCGGCCAGAAACCAUUAUUUAUAACCGUCGAUUUCGGUAUCGAUCUAAACUCGAGAGUCGCCAUCGUUGGACCCAACGGUGUUGGAAAAUCUACCUUCUUGAAAUUACUCACCGGUGAUUUAGAACCUCAAAAAGGCGAACAGAAGAAAAAUCACAGACUUAGAAUCGGGCGUUACGAUCAACAUUCAGGCGAACACUUGACCGCCGAAGAAACGCCAUCAGAAUAUCUAAUGAGACUUUUCGAUUUACCUUAUGAAAAAGCUCGUAAACAAUUAGGAACAUUUGGAUUAUCCAGUCACGCUCAUACCAUCAGAAUGAAAGAUCUAUCGGGAGGGCAAAAAGCUCGAGUAGCGUUAGCUGAACUUACUCUUAUUGCUCCCGAUGUCAUUAUUUUGGACGAACCUACGAAUAAUCUAGAUAUCGAAUCGAUAGACGCUCUCGCUGAUGCAAUUAACGAUUACAAAGGAGGAGUUAUAAUCGUGUCGCACGACGAAAGACUGAUUCGUGAAACUGAAUGUUCGUUGUGGAUUAUAGAAGAUCAAUCGAUCAAUGAAUUAGAUGGUGAUUUCGAUGAUUACAGAAAGGAAUUACUGGAUAGUUUGGGCGAAGUGAUAAACAAUCCUAGUAUCGCUGCUAAUUUGGCUGUUCAACAAUAAUUUUUUAACCUUAUUGUUUUUUUUUCUCGAAUAAACGUUUUUACUGCGAAUAAAAA